GCUUCGUUUGAUGAGCAUCAAGAUGACGCUAACACCCCUGACGACGCGGCCAGCAAGUCGAAGGCGCUGGUGGUCAAGACUGCGGGUACCGACACACCUCCGCACGCCAACAAAGACGCGGAUGCAGCCGACCGCAAGGGCAACGGCGACACCGAGGGCAAGGUGAAGGACGCAGCCGGCUCGACUGCCACGGCGGCUGGCAGGACGGGGGCCUUUGCGGGUACUUCGUGUGCGAGUCGCAGCGCUAGCGCCGAGCGCCUCCCUGACAGCGGCAAGGGAGCUUUCGGGCUGAGUCUUCAGGACUCGUGCUCGCGUGCGGCGCAAUCCUCCAAUCCGGAAUUGGCGGGUCAGUCACCUCCGGCGCGCUUCGCGGUCAGCUCGGACCUCAAUCUCACCUUCCUACAAGGAGUGUUUCCUGCGCACGGCUUUGGGGGCAUCGAGGCGCUCUGGACCGUGGAAAGUCUCACAGACAAGGAAAUCCAGGAGCUGAUUGACUUGCUGGACCCGGGUAUGGAGCUCCACCGCUCUGUGCUACGCCUGCGGUCUUCCGACACGGGGCGCUCCAUCUCUGAGCUCCACGGACUCCUGGAUAGUAUUGCGGCCAAGCGCGAACUCGCCUCACUCUUGCAGUGUUACGACCUCGAUGGCCUCGCGCGUAGGGUGUUUGGAACAACAUCGCUGGACAGUGAGCUGCAGAAGGCCAAGCGCGAUAUCGCCGUCCUGAACCGCUGCUGGGAGGAGACCCUGGAGGUCGCCACCAAGAAGCGCGAGCAGGAGAUCAAGGAUCACGACCGGGACUUCAAGCGAGCUGCGCAAGAACACGAGCGCCAGGAACAGGCGCUGCAACUCCAAAUCGACAAGCUCUCCCGGGAAAAUGACGAUCUUCGUUCCACUGUCCGGACGAUGACUUCUCGGCUGAAGGCCGGUUCCAUGAACGUGGGCAGGACGAUGAACUUCCUGAAUCGGCACAACACUCGGGUUGACGGCAAUUGGCCUCGCCUGAAAGCGCUCCUGGAAUGCGCCAAGGACAACAAACUUCCUCCGGACGGCUGGGCUACUCAGAUCUUGGUGAACGCGGUCGACGAUUUCGGGGCACAACCUGGGGCUUACGUCUUUGUGGACGACGGUGACGACGAUCAGGAAGAGAAGGACGAUGAUGGCCCGGGCGCGAGAGAGGGAUCCAAGGACGCGCCCCUCGACUUCACCCAAGACUCGUCCGCUCCGUCAACCACCUCGUCACUCAAGUCCCGCUCCGUCAAGACAUCUCGAGCGCCGAAAAGCGCAACUGGGCGGCACUUCCAGCUCCGUCCUGAGGUGUACACCCCGAAUGAGCUGGACGCGAUGGACCCGCUGACUCCGUAUGCGCGGUCGGUGGAAGACGCACGGGCUUCGCUGGUGGCGCAUGCCGUGAUCUGGGACAAGCUUCGCCUGGAUGUGCAGUUGGCGAUGCAGUCUGGGCUCGACUACCUGGACGCGUUCGACCUGGUCUGCGGGGACAAUGUCGUGCAUCCUCGGUUCCACGUUCGGGACCUGCUCGAGCUCCUCGUCCGGAUCAUGUAUUGGCGCAAGUUGGACCAGACACCUUGGACGAGCUACGUCCCGAGCUGGUACUACAAGAAGGCCGAAACCAGACUGGAGCAGCUCACGUACAUACCGGACAAGUGGCCUGCCCUGAAAAGUGUCCGCCUAGACGAGGAGGCGGAGGUGAUGCAGGCGAUGUAUUCCGAAGUAUGCGACGACAUCGACGACGAGACGCAGGACGAGACAUUCAGGACGACCAAGCCAUUCAAGGCCAAGCUCGACUUGCGUACCACGCCCCCUCGGGAGGCCAAACGCCGCAACAGCACGUCUUCCACUACUUCAAGUACCACCGGGUCCCUGCAUCCUGAUCCUGAAGUCGCCCCUCCUCCGGCCAAGCAAGAGCUCCAAAUUAUCGAGGUCCCGGGUCGCGGGGUCACUUCCUGGCGCCAUUACGGGAUACUGGUGAAAUUCCAACCCGGUACUACCAAGGCAGUCGAGCAAACCAGUGGAUUCCCGGAUUACACCCCGAAUCUGUCCAAGCCUGAGGAGCUCGACGCCGUUCGGGCACGCUGGCGUUCGGGGCCGUUCAAGGAGCUGUGGAGUACCAAACCCUGGGACGAGAUGUUCGAUAACCGAUCCAAGUUCCGGGUCUGCCAUGCGCCCCCGAAGGCCGGCACGAAGGCUCUGGCGUGCCUGAAUGAGAUCCAUCCGGGUCACUACCAGAAAUUGCUGGACGCCGCGGUCGACGACGGUCUGGAGCAGUCGUACCUCGAGGAGCCCGGGGUCUGGGCGUUCCCGGCCAAGUGCUGUUCCUGGAUCUGGAUGGCGCCCUCGCACAAGAAUGCCGAAAGCAAGCCGUACUCUCUGCAGGAGCAACUCGCGCUGACAGACCAGCAGGAGCCCGCUCGGGUGCAGUGGAACUCCUGCUCCUCGGACGAGGAGCGCAUCGCUCACGCGCCGGCCCAGCUGGACCUCCGACUCCUGCCAAAGGCGGACCGCCGCCGCUACCUGGUUUCCAAGAAGUUCCCGUAG